AUGGUGAAGCUGAUGAUGGCUUCAAUGAGUGAUGUGAGUCUUAUAUAUAUAUGCCUGGUUUAUGCAGAUGAGGCAGAGAGGCGGAGGAAGGAAGAAGCUGACUUUAAGGCGAAGCUGGCCGAGAUAGUGGAGAAGCAAAGGAGAAGUGAAAGAGAUCUGGAAGAGAAAGAGAGGUUGAGGAUGGCGGCGGCUCUACAGGGUCGGCCACCACGUAUCGUGGUGCCGCAGAGGCCGGGUGCGGACCCUCAGGGUCAGGGAUACGUCCCGAGGUUUCGUCGCGGCGACGAUGGUGGUUACUACUUUGUUGAAUCGGAGAAGGGUAGACUGAACAUCAAACUCUGA